AUGUCCGCCUCUCAAGACUACAAGAGCACCCUGCUCCCUCUGUUGAUUAACAACAACGUCCUCUCGUUCGGAACCUACGUCCUCAAGUCCGGUCGCGAAUCUCCUUACUUUUUCACCUCCUCCCUUAUGCACACUGCUCCCUUGCUGCGCGCCUCCUCUGCUGCCUACGCCAGUGUCCUGUCCUCCGAGCCGUUCGUGUCCAUCGCAGCUGACGGCACUCCCAAGCCCAAUUUCGACAUUAUCUUCGGCCCCGCAUACAAGGGCAUUCCGAUCUGUGCCGCCGUCACUAAUGAGUUGGCCGUGCAAGAUGCCAUCGCUGCCGAGCCCAAGGGAACCUGGGACAACGUCAGCUACUCAUUCAACCGCAAGGAGGCCAAGUCCCACGGUGAGGGAGGUAACAUUGUCGGUGCUUCUCUGAAGGGCAAGCGCAUCGUCAUCGUUGACGAUGUCAUUACCGCUGGUACUGCUCUCCGCGAGGCUGUUGGCAUCAUUGAGAAGGAAGGAGGUAUCGUGGCUGGUGUGGUUGUCCUCCUUGACCGCGAGGAGCGUGUCAGCGAUACCGAGUCCAAGAGCGCCAUUGGCGUUGCCCAGCGCGACCUCGGUGGCAACAUCCCCAUCCGCGCUGUCAUUGGACUCCACGAUAUCAUUGAGCAACUGAGCGAUAAGAUUGGUGCUUCCGACAUUGAGCGCCUGAAGGAGUACCGUGCCCGCUACGGCGCUGAGUAA